CAUUUUAUGUCGAAGGGAUGUAUUUUAGCGGCAAAGAUGAAACAAAAAGGGACAGUAUCUCACCGGAUGCAGUUGAGGAUGAGGGAUAAAUUUUAAAAAAGAAAGCAAUAAAUCAGAUGAGUGAAAGAGAGAGCAAUAGGAGUUUGCUUUGGUGUUGGAGUGGGUGAAGAGAGAGAGAGAGGGGAUUUCUGGCGAGAGCAAAUCUGAUCUUGCGGAAUGCACAAGUGUGUGGACCUCUUGAUUAAUGUUCUCAUGUGAAUUCUGUUUCUACUUCUAUCCAUUUUGAUUCAGUAAUAAUCGUCGCUCGGAGCUUUCUACCACACACAGGUCCUGUGCCAAACUAAUAAAAAGGUUUGUUCGACAAUAAUUGGUUUAUGAUGUAGUAAACAUUCACCAGAUUCUAUGAAAUGAUUGCCACCACCUCAGCUUUAUUUAACAUCAUCGUUCUGUCAAUACAAUUUUCAAGUUCACAUUGCUUCCUACGAGACUACACAACAUUCAAUAAAAAUGUGACAGCAACUCUGAAUAAUUUACUUGGCAACAAUCGAUAUGAUAAAAGGAUUAGACCUGAUAUCGGAGGUCCACCAACCGUGGUCACUGUUCAAAUGCAUAUAAAAAGCAUUGGUCCAGUAUCCGAAGUUGAACAGCUGUACACAAUGGACGUUUACUUCAGACAAACGUGGUACGACACAAGACUGAAAUACAAUCUAACCGGCCUUAACGAGUUCUCCAUGUCAUGGAUUUUCUUGGAUAAAGUGUGGAAACCAGAUACGUAUUUCACAAAUGGUAAAAAGUCCUACUUACAUAAAAUAACUUCGCCGAAUAAGUUUCUGAGACUGCGCUACGAUGGAUUCCUGACUUACUCAAUGAGACUGACUCUAUCUGCAACUUGCAAAAUGCAUCUGGUGAAGUUUCCUAUGGACGUUCAACGAUGCCCUCUCAUAAUGGGAAGCUAUGGCUACACUACGAACGACGUGGUUUACCAGUGGCACCCUUCGGGAGUCGGCUUGGAGCCCGGCAUGGAGUUGGCCCAGUUCGACUUGGAUAACGUCACCAUGAAAGAUCACCUCACCGAGACACGAAGCUCUAUGGAAUUUUCAGUUGUGAAAGCCACAUUCAUCCUGCGACGUAAUAUUGGCUACUUUGUGCUUCAAAUGUACGUGCCUUGUAUUCUGAUGGUCUGCAGCUCAUGGGUGAAUUUCUGGAUUGAUCCAGACUGUACGCCAGCUCGAGUUCAACUCAGUGUGACGUCAGUGCUGUCAAUAACGACGAUUGGCUUCGUGGGUCGAUCGGCGCUGCCCAAAGUGCCCUACCCGACUGCACUCGACUGGUUCGUCAUCCUCUGCUUUGUGUUCGUGUUCGCCGUCCUCGUCGAGUAUGCAGUCAUCAAUUUCAUCGACAAAGUCACCGACGACAUAAAAAAGAUAUUGGAGAACCGAGACAAAAAGAAAAAGGAAAAGGAAGAGAAGGAGAAACAGGAAAAGGAAGACGCCACCAGCCAAGAAAUAGAGGUGCAGGCGGCCGAUGGCAGCGCAAACAUCGCAACUGACGUCGACAAAAAAGUAGGAGGCGUCGACUUUUUCGAGCGGCACGCCGAUCUACAGAGCAUCGACCGCAAGGACAGCAGCUCCAUCUCCGACAAAUUCCCCUCGUUCGCCGUGCCCACCAUCAUAGUCCAGACCGAAACGGUGGCUUCCGAACUCGGUCAGCAUCAGCAGUGCAUCAUCGAACAGGGCAACAUUGAAAUCAUCAUGGGCGGAAAUCGGCACCUUGAAGACGACGACCUGUCUAGGGAGAUGCAGCCCUCGUCACCCAGGUUGAGACGUACGCUCACUAUACCUGUGAGGAUAUGGCGCGAGUUCAAGUUCCUUCCGACCGAGCAGGAGGUGUCUGAGAGUAAGGGCGAAAAAAAGGAGAAGUUCACUAAAAUCGACAAACGAUCGCGAUUCAUAUUUCCGGCGCUGUUCACUAUUGUCCUGUCCAUCUAUGUGCUGCUCUACACCUAUGUUAUUGUGGACAAUAAGCUCUAUAAAGAGGACGACUAGCGGCGCAAUAUUUCCCCUAUUCAAUAACGUUGUGUCCAUCAAAGUGCUACCCUAGACCUGUUUUUCAACUGUCGAUAAUGUUGAUUGGGGCAAAUAUUAUUUUUUCGAACCGUUGAACGGUCAAUGUGUUUUUCAACUUAUGUAAUUGUGGAUGUAGAUUGUUAUCCCACAGAGAAGAUUAAGAGAAUACCUAUUCAUAUUGAAUGAAUGACAUAAUUGUCACAAACACUUACUUGAUUGAAAAUACGAGACUAGUUUAGGUUGUUAUACUAUCAUCAAUAUCAUAUUCAGCAAGAUAACUAGAUAUUGAUAAUAGUGUAAUGGUGAUAAUAGUUUUUUAAUAAGUGGAGUGGUAUUUCAAGUUGGAUGGUACUGGUAUGGAUAUCCACCACAAUAUCACAUUCACUGUUCACUACUACAUAACAAGAACAAGAAUAUUCAUUCAACUUUCCUUUCUGGUACUUUGUGAACUAAUCUAGUAGUAGCUUAUAGAAAUUAUUCAUUCUUUGACUACAGAAGUUUGAACAAACAAGUUCACUCAUCACAUUCAGAGUGUAAUAUUUUUGUUUUCUAUCCAGUUUCUCAACUGUCAAGAUUAAAAAUUCUUAGUUACUGUUGAUUGUGUGUGAAAAAAGACUAAAUUUCAAAAAAGUGGAAUCAUAACCUCAUUUUGGCCUUAGAAUACUAUCUAAAUUUGGGAGAGAAAUAGUACAAGGAGUACCCUUAGUUUUUCUCUCCCAUUCAGUACUUUUUUGUAAAAAUUAGAACAAUAAAUAAAUAUCAGAACAUGUGAAUUGAAACCUUGUGCACACCGCUGCGAAACUCAUGGCCACGACGGGAACAGGAGAAUUUAAUCUAAAAUAUUGAGAAUGGAAGGCGUGGUUAAAUGUUUGAUAUAGUCGCCAUUGUGAACAAAGGAUGAAAAAUACGCAUGAUAACCAGUUGUCAUUUAGAAUAGUUUAUUUCAAAAAAAUGACAAAAAUAUUCCGUGCAAUACAACUGAAUACAAUACCAUCAUACAGACACAAGUUCUGAUGAAAAGGAACCAGUCAUCCUCUAAAAAUUAGAAUUACACUGAUAUUUUUUCGCAUAAUUAUUUUACUAAAGGGAGUGACGCAGUCAUUUCCUAGCAAAGCAUAGAUGGACAAAAAUCACAUAAUAUUUGUUCAUAGAAUUUUUUUAACCACUAAAUAUCUAUUACUAAGAGUCGUGCGCUUAAUAAUUACAGUACCAAUGUAUCGUAAUCAAUUAUUAAAAUCAGAAUUUAAAAACUCCACUAAUCAAUUAAAUAUAAAAUUAUUCUACUAAAAUAAAUAAAUACAAUCUUUGUAUAAUUUUUAUACAUUUGAAGUAUAGUUUUUGUAUUGAAAACAAUAUUUGAAGGCAAUACUCACAUUAAAAUCUAUGUAUUUGGAGGAGAGAUUAUACACUCUUGAAUACAUGUUUUGUAUAGAACACUAUUUGGAAAAUAAUUAACGUUCACAACACCGAAAAAAUACAGCAAGACAAGCAUUCUCUUCAUCUCAUCUCAGUUAUCAAUAAAAUGUUCACUAACAAUCACAACACACCAAAUGCAUUAAGUCUCUUUCAAUUUUGAAAAUCACAAUUUAAAAUCAAAAGGUUCCCAACUAUAAAAAAUACUAUACUAAAAUAAUAAUCGAAUUUACUUCAUAGAUUUUGAUAAUUGUUUUCCAAAUACUUUCAACAAUAUUGCAAACACAAAGAAACUAUUGAAAAAUCAGAAAUGAAAAUAAUUGAUGAACUUUAUUUUGAAAUGGAAAGACGGUAAGCAAUGUUAUCUUCCUCACUCACUCACUCAUACACAUACGUUAGCACACCACAUAAUGCUUACACACUCACACUCAAGAGCACAGAGUGAAAAGACUUCUGAUAAACGAAAUCAUUAUUCAUUAAUCUCGUGAAUGAGAUCUCAUUCAAUAUAAUAUCAAUAAUGAUCUAGAAUAAUAAUUACUCAUAUCUUCAAUAUCCACAGUGAAGAAUCUCAUAACCCUGUGAUAAUAGACUGGAGACUAAAAUCACAUCUAACAAGCAAUUAAAAUUAGCAUGCAAUCAUGAAAGACUAAGAAAAUUUUCAGGUGAUAAGAUCACUUUUUGUAGCCCACGAAAAACUGUUCCAAUAGCGACUAAUCUUUUCAAAUCGUUGGUUUAGAAUUAACAGGGUUUCACUGACAUUUAAAAUUCGGAGAUGUGGUAUAUUUGAAUAAGACAACCGAAAUUAUAACUUAAAUUAAAAAUAUAUUUCUCUUUUGUAGAAAAACAUAUAUUACAAACUAGUUGUCGUUAAGAGAACUCACUAUGUAUUUGAUGAGUGCAACUAUCUCAUUCGUGUAUAGUAGACGACCUAUACAUUAAAAUACAUAAUCGGGACCAGCCAUGUCAAUUGCCCACCGGAACUUGUCUCUUUGCGUUUUGUUGUAGAUCUUUUCAAUUGGUACGUCGAACUUUUUGCACCUGCAAAGACAAUUACGGAUGAUGAAUUAAUAUAUUGCGAUCUUGACAUCUUCAUAAGUUUAGGUUUAGAAUAUAGCAACAUUUUUAAAACCAACUGGAAUAAGAGAGCAGGAGCAGCACAAGCAAAAGGUCCGCAUUCAAAAAAGUCUGAUCUGCGCUCUGCCAAUAACAAAAACAAUUAAUUAUAUUCUUUAUUGUUUGAUAGGUUGUUCAUAAAAGUGUUUAAUAUACAUGAAACUAAUAUUUAUAUACUCAUAUGAAAAUUCAAAACUUUAUCGACUUCUAAAGCCUUAACACUUUUAUGAGCAAAAAUAAAUAAAUACAAUCUUUGUAUAAUUUUUAUACAUUUGAAGUAUAGUUUUUGUAUUGAAAACAAAAGCAAUUAAAAUUGCUAAGAUCACAAACUAGUUGUCGUUAAGAGAACUCACUAUGUAUUUGAUGAGUGCAACUAUCUCAUUCGUAAAUGAGAUAAAUUUUCUUUUUCUACUUAUAUUCCAGAUCAACUUUAUUACACAUAAAUCAAGUUUCAAUUCAUAUAUAAGUUAUGUUUUAUUUUGCUCAGCAAGUCAAUCAUUCACACAACAAUAAUGAUUGUACAUACGAUAAUAAAUGAAUAGUUGAAUGUUUCAAAAGAGGUUAACUUACAGAAUGAGUUUACUAUUAUAUACUUAUAGGUAAUAAAGUAAUGUAGUGUUGCCCGAGUCAACUAAGGAAAGGUUCAAAGAAACGACUUCCAAAGUAUUAAAAAAUACAAUGAUUAAGGCGAAGCAUUUUGUUCUUACCCUCUAGUAUAGCGGGUACUUGUACUUAUAUUACAUUUCAUAAUCAAAUGUCAGUCCAUAAACAACAUCAAACAUGAUUCAUCAACAAGAUUGUAAAUUUAAUAAGAGUGGGAAUGUAAAAAUACAAUAGCGGGACAGUUAUUAUAACAAUAUAACAAAAUAAAAUACAUACCAAGCGACAGAUAUCCUGGGAUCAAGAUAAUUGAGCUUCGACGUUCCCAAUGCUAUAGUCUUGUUCUCUUCUCUGUCGGUUUCUUGUACCUCUAGUUUCAUUAGUUGAUCGCGAAGUCUUUCUAAACUCUUUUUGGUCUUAUCAACAGCCCUGGAAAGAAAUUCAACCAUAAUUAAACUUCUUCUAGUGCAAUCAAACAAAAAAUUUAUUCGUGUAUCGCGCCACAAAAUUUGGAGGAAAAAUGUCCUAAUUAUAAAACUUCCAACAUUGAAUCAAUGUAAUAAUAGUUGCACAAUUACUAAUUUUUAUCACAUAUCUUACAUUACAUGUUACAAUAUUUUCAAAUACGGUGGAUUAUUAUGUUAUAACUAAUGAGUUCUAAAGACAAUUUUCUUUUUCUAUUCAACAUUUAUGGUAAAUCUCAAUAAUUUGUAAAUUUGUAAUAUCUCAAUUGAAAACUUAAUAAACUUACAUUCUUCCUUUA